AUGGCUUCUUCUUCUUCAUCUUCAGCCACUCCUCAAUUGAAGAACUAUGAUGUCUUUCUUAGUUUCAGAGGCGAAGACACCCGCAUUUCUUUUACAAGCCAUAUCCAUGCGGCUUUGUGUCGCAAAGCAAUUAAAACUUUCAUUGAUAAUGAUCUGGAAAGAGGAGAUGAGAUUUCGACAUCUCUUUUGAAUACAAUUAAAGCAUCAAAGAUUUCUAUCAUCAUUUUCUCACAAAAUUAUGCGUCUUCAAGAUGGUGUCUCCAAGAACUUGAACAGAUUCUUGAUUGCAAGGAAACGAAGCAGCAGAUUGUAAUACCAAUUUUCUAUAAUGUAGACCCAGCUCAUGUAAGGAAUCAAACAGGGAGUUUUGGGGAGGGAUUUGCUGGACUUCAAGAGCGUUUUAAGGAAAAACCGGAGAUGCUGAAAGCGGAAAGAUGGAAGAGUGCGUUGAAUGAAGCAGCUAGUCUAUCUGGUUGGACUAUAGAUGCAAACACAAAUUUGAUUGGAAACCUUGACUUGAGGUUGGAAAGUCAAAUUAUCAUAAUAACAAGGGAUAAACAAGCGUUGAGCAUUUGUGGAGUAGAUGAUGCGUAUAUAUACAAGGUUAAGGAAUUAAGAGAGAAGGAAGCUCAUCAACUUUUUAAUCAGUACGCCUUUAGACAAUACUCUCCUAUUACAGAUUAUAUGGAGCUAUCAAAGAAAGCAGUAGCAUAUACCAAAGGUCUUCCGUUGGCUCUUAAAGUGUUGGGUUGCCAUUUGUGUUCUUGGAAAAAAGAAUUUUGGGAAAGUGUAAUAAAUGACCUAGAAAACAAUCCUCUUGAUGAAGAUAUUCUGAAGGAGAUUGAAGCAGUACGAAGCAUAAGCUUGGAUAUAUCUAAAAUAAGCAAUUCAAACUUCGAUUGGCGUGUUUUGUCAAAGAUGCCUAACCUCAGAUUCUUCAGAGUAUACAAUUCACAAGAUAAUCAAGAAAAUAAGUUGAAAGGUUUUCAACACCGUCAGUUCUUCUCCAAUGGCCUAAAAUUCUUCAUGACCUUAUUUGGAGUAUACAACUCACAAGAUGAUCACGAAAAUAUGUUGAAACGUUUACCUUCAAAGAGUCUUGUCAAACUUGAUAUACCAUUCAACAAAGUUAAACAUUGGAAUGGUGUUCAGGAACUUGAAAAUUUGAAAUAUGUUAAUCUCAAUCACUCUGAGCACAUGAAAGAGCUUCCAAAUCUCUCAAAAGCCUCAAAUCUUGAGAAAUUUAUUCUACAAGAUUGUAAAAGUUUGUUGAAGAUCACUCCCUCAUCUAUUCAAAAUCUCAAUAAGCUUGACAACUUGCGUCUAUGGCGUUGCUCAAGGCUUAUUAGUGUACCAGAUGGCAUUCAGUCAAAAACUAUUGACCUCUUUGGUUGCUCUAAUCUCAAGAUAGCUCCAAGGAUCUCAUCUGUGGUGCAAGAAUUAAUUUUAGAUGGAACUGCAAUAAAUGAAUUACCCUUCAUCGAACAUCCAUCUGAACUAGUUGCCUUGGUUCUUCCAGAAUCGCUUGAGAGUCUCUCGGGCAGCAUCUGUAAGUUGAAACUUCUCGAAUGGCUUCAAAUUAAGAAUUGCUCCAAACUGGAAAGAUUACCCGUUGACAUUGUAGAUUUGGAAGCUUCGGAGGAGCUUGAUACUUAUGGUAGAGUCUCAAAAGAAGAACCAUCAUCCAUCUUUCCAAAACAUGGUUGCUUAGACCUAAGUCGAAAUGAUGAACUGGCACCCUUGAAUUGGGUAUUGAAUUCUUCAUCAGGUUCGAGCUCUCGAGAUGUUGAUGAUCAACCGGCACUCUUGAAUCCUGUAUUGAAUACUCCUUUAUGGUCGAGCUCUAUGUCAGAGCUGGUUUUGGAGAACUGUCAACUCACCAAAUUACCUGACUGUCUUGGAGGAUUUUCCUUGCUAAAAAGGUUAGAGGUAUCUGGAAAUAAUUUUGAGAGCAUACCAGAAAACAUCAAAAAGCUUUCUAAGUUGGAACUCCUAAACAUAAGUAAUUGUCGGAGCCUUAAACUUUUGCCAGAGCUUCCAAUGGAUGUAAAUGUGAUAGCAUCCAACUGUUUAUCCUUGCAGUCAAUACCACAUCCAUCAUUUCUAUUGUUACCUCAUCGAACACCUCGGGAAUCUUGGGCAAAAUUUUGUGCUAAUAAUUUCCCUGCUGACAAGUGGUUGUGUGCGAAUAUGUGUUUCCCUGGAAAUGAAAUUCCUAAAGUUUUGGUUGAUGGUGAGGAGCGAAUUUAUGAGAAAUCCAUUACACCUUGGGAUCCUUAUGAGUUUUUAUAUCUAGAUCGCUGCAAAGGAUUUGAAUUGUCGUCAGACCAUGUAUUAUUCGAUUAUUUUCCUGCGAGGCGCGAGGAGUUUCUUGAGAUUGAUUGGGAUUCUCUUGAUGAGUGGGAGCGGGAUUAUUUUGAGAAGAAGAAUUGUAAAGUGCUCAUCAAAUUUGAUGCUGGAGAGAUAGACGUGAAAAGUCCAAUAAAACUCAAUGCGAAUGCCCGUUGUAACGAUGAAUCACAAUCUUAUGGACUUUCCCCCACACGUGAUUGGCAAUCUAGUGGCUUUAAUUCUUUGGAUUUGGAUGUGAAUCAAUGGCUUCAAGGUUUUCAUGAACCAAUGGUGAAUGAUGGCACAAUUAACAAAAGUGGCUUCCGUGAUGAUGAACAACAGUAG